AGGGCCAAGGGUGGGUGGCUGCUGGAGAGUGGGAAAUUACCUAACACAAAAAAUAAAAUAUAAAGAAAAAGAAGGAAGACAGAGGUGUAUUAUUUCUUACAUUUAAGCCUCUGGAAGACUCCUAGAGAUAGAAGAAUCAACUCUCUCCGCCUCCCUCUUCCCUCCCUUUACUCUCCUCCUCUGCCUCACCCAGCACUCUCAGCCAUCCAUGAGUGCGACCAACUCCUCUGCUUAUCGAUCGGAGCGUAGUUUCCACCAGACCUCAUCCUCGUCCUCUGGUAACCCAUACAUGGAGAAGAGCCGGGGAUUGUUCGCCGAGGACUUUGGCUCCUUCAUGAGGCCUGGGAGCGACGCCUUGGGGUUUUCCAGUAGCUCUGGAAAUAUCAAGACUCUUGGGGAUUCGUACCAGUUCACGGUUGACGUGCGAGACUUCUCCCCUGAAGAUGUCAUCGUCACCACGUCCAACAACCAGAUUGAAGUUCGUGCAGAAAAGUUGGCCCAGGAUGGAACGGUGAUGAACAAUUUCACCCACAAGUGCCAACUACCUGAGGAUGUGGACCCCACCUCAGUGACGUCAUCACUGGGAACCGAGGGGACCCUGACAGUCACGGCACGGCGAAACCCGGCCAAACACGAGCUCGUACAGACCUUCCGCACCGAGAUCAAGAUCUAGUGAGGGACCCGCUUUCUUCAUCACAAACCUCUCACUCUUUGUGUUUUUAUGCUACUUCCUGUAUUUCCUGUCUUCACUUAAACCAUUCUACUUUAAUAAAACACCCAGCAGAGAGUUGGCACUGAGCUCUAUAAAAAGACACGCCACGUUCCUCUAUGUCUGCAACUAUGCCUGUUGCUGCUCAUUUAUAUUCUGAGUUAGUUCACCAUAGCCUACACAGCAGCGAUAGGUCAUACCUGCACAUAACAUAUUGAGACACGAGGGUUGGACAUGCACACACACAAAUUUACACAGACACACACACACUUAUACAGACACACACACACACUUACACAAACACACACACACACUUAUACAGACACACACACAGCAAUCCUGCAACACGGUCUGAAAAAUGAAGACUCUCCUCUGAAAUUGAUUGUUGCCACGUUAAUAAUAAUUUAUUGUAUAUUAUUAUUUGUGUGAAUAAAAUUAUCCUGCUUUGACAAUAAACAUCUGG